AUGGCUACUUUGGGCAUAGCAAUCACCGCGGCAUUUACAAGCGAACUCUUUGAAGACACUGAAUGGCCUUCGUCAGCCUCGCAGCCCUCGUCAGCUUUCAGUCAGCAUCACCAGCCCCACCAACCCCCACCAGCCCCCACAAGCCCCCGCCAGUCCUCACCAAGCCCUAUUCCCCCACCCAUCACCCUUACCAACCCCCCCAGCCCCUCACCAACCCACCAACUCCCCAUCAGCCCCAUCAACCCCCACCAGCAGCAGCCUUGCCACACUUCCCGCCAGCCCUCACUCAACCCCUCAACCCUCACCCCCACCCCCCACCAAAUCCCCAUCAACCCACCCAAGCCCCCUUCAACCCUCACCAACCCCCAUCAAACCCUCAUCAACCCCAACCAACCCCCCCCAACCCCCACCAACCAGCAGCCUUGCAAAACACCUUCCCGCCAGCCGUUCCGUUACGCCUCCAGCUGCACAAACGCCAUGGCCGCCGCCUCCGUUCAUGUUUCCCGCUCCUUAUUGAAUGGUUCCGAGAAGGCUUGUUUACACAGCUGA